AUGGCCACCUCCCACUCGGUCGCGCCUCCCAGGCAUAAUCGGGGUUACAGUUUUAGUGGAAAGUCGAAUAAGUCCCAACAGUCGGGCCAUUCCAGCAAGAAAAUCCAACUCACUGAAUCCGCCGAAGAGAAGCAUCGCCGUCAACUACAUUCUAAAGCCGAUCCGAUGGUUGCUAUGAGCGAAGCCCAGCCUAAUACGGUUGCCCUCGAAGAGUCGACGCUGGGUUCCUUGCGGACUAUGCAGCACAAGGACCAGUACGGCAAUGUCAUUACUGAUCCCGAUCUUUCGAAUCCCACGCGCCCGCGAUUUGAGCGCCCGCUUGAUACCAUCCGUUCCUUCGAAGCUGCGAUCUAUGGAACAUACAGCAGUAGGCCUGUGUCGUACGCAAGGACAGAGGAAUCAACACCCGCGACGCCAGAGUACAGCCGACGGGGAAGCUACUACGGAGCACCCAACGGAGGGUAUUCUAGCAGAGCGCACUACGACCAGAAUGGCUACCACAACAGCCGAGGCACCUAUUCGCGACCGGACAGCUACGUGGAGAACGGCAACGGCCAAGCCGAAAACUACUAUCCCUACAAUCAUGGCGGCAGCGGCGGCGGCGGCCGACCGCGACCACGCCACCAAGCGCGGAUGAACACCGAACAGAGCGGAUAUUCGCAGCACGCAUACCAAAAAUCAUACGAUAACGUGACUGCUGCGUCUGGCUCGGGCUCAGGCAGCAACGGCGAGACCUGGGCCAAUUCGACGGACCCAAGCUCGGUCAACAGCUCGAUCGAUCAGUUCCACCAGCAGCAGCAACAACAGCAGCAGCAACAACAAUAUCAGCAGCAGCAGCAGAUGGCCGAGAGCUACGGGUUCCAAGGGUUCAGCGCGGGUCCCAAUCUCGAAAACGGUCAGCCCGCCGCCGCCGGUGGACGCAUCAACUUUGGCAGCAGUAACCCGCCAGCCGUUGAUCCCAACGCCGGGGGCCCCGUCGGAGGUGGACCACCGCCCACGGCGGCGAACGCCCGUCGUCAUCUGCGCAAAGCGACCAACGACACCGAGACGAGCAAUGAUUCGAAGCGAAAGAGCUGGCUCAAACGUCGCUUCAGCAAGAACUAA